AAAAAGCAAUCAAGGAGCCGUGAAAUAUUUGUAUAAAAACAUGAUAAAUUCCAUGAUUUUUAUGUGAGAAAAUUGAGUAAAGAAAACACUACAAACAGAAUCCAAAUAUUAAGUGAUAAUUUCAGUUAACAUUCCAUUUAAACAUUAAACAAUUGUGAUUUGGUGUUAAAUUUCGUUAAUAAAAUGGAAACCACCAUUGUUACCACAACAACGACCACUGAAUUGAAGUGCAUUAAUCGCGGCAGCAAAAAGAAAGACAUCGAUGGCCAACUGGUUGCGGACACCGCCACGGACGCAGCGCAUCAAUUUCCGUCCAACGAGGAGCCCAAUAUUCUGGGGCAUGGACCCAACUAUGACGAGAAGUUGUCCAAAUUCAAAUGGCUCUGCAAUUUCGAUGAUGCUCCCAGCCAUUUGAAGUUCAAUCCGUACAUCCGCCGCGGCUACCGCACAUUCCUAUCCAACAAGUUGUGCCUGCAGAGCAUUUUCUGGUGGACCAAUGAGACGAUCAAUAUCUGGAGCCAUUUGGCCGGCUGCAUUCUGUUCAUCGGGCUGACGAUCAUCGACCUGCAAUUCCUCCGGAUCCAUGCCUCGCUGAGCGACCAAGUGCUGGUCGUCUGCCUGCUGGUCUGCUUCUGUCUCUGCAUGCUGAUGUCGGCCAUCUACCACAUCUUCUCCUGCAAGUCGGAGGAGCACUAUGAGCUCUUCUUGUCCGUCGACUUCCUGGGCAUCUCGCUCUCUCUGGUGGCCAUCUACAUAAGCGGCAUGUACUAUGCCUUUUGGUGUCACACCUUCCUCCGUACCCUGUACUCCACGAUUGCGCUGGGCAUGUUCGCCCUGGCCAUUGCCGUCCAGAUACCACGGCUUAAUGUAUCGAUGAAUGGCAAGGUGGCGGUGCUGCUGCUGUGGUCCGCCUAUGGCAUCAUCCCGCUCGGUCACUGGGCGGUGGCGAUGGGUGGUCUGGAGAACGAGCUAGUCAGGCUCAUGGUGCCCCGCAUCGUGGUCAUGUACUUGCUCUGCCUCAUCGCGUUCGUCUUCUACGCGGCCAAGAUCCCCGAGCGCUGGUUCACCGGCAAGGUGGACUUUGUGGGACACUCGCACAACUGGUGGCAUCUGAUCAUCGUGGCCGCCUUCUACCACUGGCACAACACUGGCCUGGUCUAUGCCGAGUACCGUCUGAAUAAUGGUUGCAGUGCUCCGGAGAUAUAAAUUAUCCCUUAAGCGAAGCGGAAACGGAAAUGAAAGCGGAUAGGGAUGAGGAUGAGGAUUAGGAUGCGGAACCGGGACUCUAGUAGACUCUAGCCUAGUGUACAUAGCUUUUGGGCACUCUUUAUCCGCUAUUAACUAAUAUUUAGUUGUAGUUGUUGACCGAUAUGAUUAAUUUAUGUGUAAUUUACCAAUUAGUUAGGGUUUCGUGUUAGUCUAUCCAAAGAGUUGGCUUCACCCUCACACGGAUCGAGCGGAAGUAUGUAUGAUAUGGAAUGGAUUACAUUUUGCUAACGUUGUCUUCUAAAUUUUCAUUUCAUUUUAAUAUAAAGAAAUCUCUAU